GCUUGGCUCUAGGGACGCAGCUCCAGGGAGGGCGCGAUUUUGGGCCCUCUGUGGCCAGGCAAAGGAGAUGGCGGCGCGUUGGAGCAGCGAGAACGUGGUGGUGGAGUUCCGCGACUCACAAGCAACUGCAAUGUCUGUGGACUGUCUUGGGCAGCAUGCAGUGCUUUCUGGCCGCAGAUUCCUAUACAUCAUCAAUCUGGAUGCUCCUUUCGAAGGUCACCGGAAAAUCUCUCGUCAGAGCAAGUGGGACAUUGGAGCUGUACAGUGGAAUCCUCAUGAUAGCUUUGCACAUUACUUUGCAGCUUCAAGUAACCAACGUGUUGACCUUUAUAAGUGGAAAGAUGGCAGUGGAGAAGUCGGCACAACCUUACAGGGCCAUACUCGGGUAAUCAGCGACUUGGACUGGGCGGUGUUUGAGCCUGAUCUCCUAGUCACCAGCUCGGUGGACACAUACAUCUACAUUUGGGAUAUCAAGGAUACCAGGAAACCUACUGUUGCAUUAUCUGCUGUUGGAUCUAAAGACUAUCAGCUAGUUACAUGGUCCCGAGAUCAGACUUUAAGAAUGUGGCGGGUGGAUUACCAGAUGCAGAGGCUCUGUGCCAAUGACAUACUGGAUGGUGUUGAUGAGUUCAUUGAGAGCAUUUCUCUUCUGCCGGAACCAGAGAAGACCCUGCACACUCAAGAUACAGAUCACCAGCAAAAUUCUAGCCAUGGGGAGGAAGAAGCCUUUAAGGAAGAUCCCCCUAGCAGUCUUCUGGACGAGAGAAAAUCAGAUCAACUGGGCCUGCCUCAGACUCUUCAGCAGGAAUUCUCCCUUAUCAACGUACAAAUCCGGAAUGUCAACGUGGAGAUGGAUGCGGCAGACAGGAGUUGUACAGUAUCCGUGCACUGUAGCAACCACCGCGUCAAGAUGCUGGUGAAGUUCCCAGCACAGUACCCCAACAAUGCUGCGCCUUCCUUCCAGUUUAUUAACCCCACAACUAUCACAUCUACUAUGAAAGCUAAGCUGCUAAAGAUCCUGAAGGACACUUCCCUGCAGAAAGUGAAACGCAACCAGAGCUGUUUGGAGCCCUGCCUGCGCCAGCUUGUCUCCUGCCUUGAGUCUUUUGUGAACCAAGAAGACAGUGCUUCUAGCAACCCAUUUGCUCUCCCAAAUUCCGUCACACCACCCUUGCCAACGUUUGCGAGGGUGACCACUGCCUAUGGGUCUUACCAGGAUGCCAACAUUCCCUUUCCUAGGACUUCAGGAGCCAGGUUCUGUGGAGCAGGUUACCUGGUAUAUUUCACAAGGCCCAUGACUAUGCAUCGAGCAGUGUCUCCAACAGAACCUACUCCUAGAUCUCUCUCAGCCUUGUCCGCUUAUCAUACUGGCUUGAUUGCUCCAAUGAAGAUCCGCACAGAGGCCCCUGGGAACCUCCGUUUGUAUAGUGGGAGCCCUACCCGCAGUGAGAAAGAGCAGGUCUCCAUCAGCUCUUUCUACUACAAGGAGCGGAAAUCAAGGAGGUGGAAGAGUAAGCGUGAGGGCUCAGACUCCGGCAAUCGGCCCAUCAAAGCUGCCGGGAAGGUCAUCAUCCAGGAUGUUUCUUGCCUUCUUCCUGUUCACAAAUCACUGGGAGAAUUGUACAUAUUGAAUGUGAAUGAUAUUCAGGAAACAUGCCAGAAGAAUGCCACUUCAGCCAUGCUUGUUGGAAGGAAGGAUCUUGUCCAGGUUUGGUCACUGGCUACAGUAGCUACAGAUCUUUGCCUUGGUCCGAAGUCUGACCCAGAUUUGGAAACACCCUGGGCUCGCCAUCCAUUUGGACGACAGCUGCUGGAAUCCCUGUUGGCUCAUUAUUGCCAACUCCGGGAUGUUCAGACCUUGGCUAUGCUCUGCAGUGUGUUUGAAGCCCAGUCUCGGCCUCAGGGGAUACCAAACCCCUUUGGGCCUUUUCCUAACCGUUCUUCUAAUCUUGUGGUCUCCCACAGUCGAUAUCCCAGCUUUACCUCCUCGGGGUCCUGCUCCAGUAUGUCAGACCCAGGGCUCAGCACCGGUGGCUGGAACAUAGCGGGGAGAGAGACAGAUCAUGUAUCUUCACCUUGGGGAGAGUCCUCCCCAGAAGAACUCCGCUUUGGGAGUCUCACCUACAGUGAUCCUCGUGAGCGGGAACGUGACCAGCAUGAUAAAAAUAAAAGGCUUCUGGAUCCCGCCAAUACCCAGCAGUUUGAUGACUUUAAGAAAUGCUAUGGAGAAAUCCUCUAUCGUUGGGGUCUGAGAGAGAAGCGAGCAGAAGUGCUGAAGUUUGUGUCCUGUCCCCCUGAUCCUCACAAAGGGAUCGAGUUUGGUGUGUACUGCAGCCACUGCCGGAGUGAAGUCCGUGGAACACAGUGUGCCAUCUGUAAGGGCUUCACAUUCCAGUGUGCCAUCUGCCAUGUGGCCGUGCGCGGGUCAUCCAACUUCUGUCUGACCUGUGGCCAUGGUGGCCACACCAGCCACAUGAUGGAGUGGUUUCGGACUCAGGAGGUGUGUCCCACUGGAUGUGGCUGCCACUGCUUGCUGGAAAGCACCUUCUGAGCUUAGGGAUGGUAGCGGUGUCAGAAAUGCCAGGGGGCCUUACAAACGCCUUCUCCUGGGAGAAGCCUCAGGACCCAGGUUGCCCCCAGCAAGAUGGGUUGUAUGUACCCAAUCGGACUGAUGCUUCAUGAGCCUUUGCCUUCUCUUUGGGAGAAGAUAGACCGGAAGAAGGAGAGAGCCGCUGCAUAAAGCCAGGUUUUAUGCAUUUGUCAGCUGAGGAAUCACAGUGGAAGUUUUCAUGCAGGAAAGCCCUUGCCUUCAGAGUCAAUACUGACCUUCAAAGCAUUAGCUUUAAACCAUGAGCGAGCACUCCACAUGCCAAUAUAUAGACCAACUUAGCUGCUAAAGGCAGCCUCCUAAGCCAAAGGUCCACAAGUGGGCCUUUGACGCUUUAGAAGUUGAUAACCUUAAAGAGUUGAAGCCAGAAAGUGGCGCUGUGGCUUAAGUGGUAGAGCACUAGCCUUGUACACAAAGAGGCUCAGGGAUAGUGC